AUCUACCUGGACACUGAUGACAUCACUGUCUCUCUGCGCUGUGAUUGGCUGCUGUGUCAGUAGGAGUUCAGCUGCUGCUGGACUUUCUGUCAGUCUACAUGAGGAUGAAGAUGAAGCUGCUCCUCUUCCUCUGCUGUGUCCUCUGGGUCUCUGCGGACGUUCUACAUGAGGACCUUGGUAUCACUGGAUGUUCAGAGUUUGAUGGAGAGACGAUGUUUACUCUGGAUGGUGAAGAGUUGUGGUACGCUGACUUCAAACAGGGGAAAGGAAUCGAACCUCAGCCUCCUUUUGUAGAUCAUGUCAGCUACGUGGAAGGAGCUUAUGAACAAGCUGUGGCUAAUCAACAGAUCUGCAAAUCAAACCUGGGGAUUCAUCUUAAAGCCAUGAAGGACCUUCCUGUAGAACACGAUCCUCCAUCCAGCCUGAUCAUCUACAGCAGGAACUUUGUGGACCUUGGAGAGAAGAACUCUCUGAUCUGCCAUGUUUCUGGUUUCUAUCCGGCUCCCGUCAACGUCUCCUGGACCAAGAACGGAGAGAAGGUGACUGAAGGAACCAGCAUCAACGUUCCCUUCCCCAACAAAGAUGGUUCCUUCACCCAGAUCUCCAGACUGGACUUCAUCCCACAGCUGGGAGACAUCUACAGCUGUUCAGUGGAACAUCUGGCCCUGACCCAGCCACUGACCAGGAUCUGGGAGGUGGAGAAGACUCAGGCCGGUGUUGGACCAGCAGUUUUCUGUGGACUGGGUCUGACGGUUGGACUCCUCGGUGUCGCUGCUGGAACCUUCUUCCUCAUCAAAGGAAACGAGUGCAGCUGAUUGGCUGGAACUGAUGAUGUCAUCGAUGAUUCUGUACAUGUUAUAAACAUUUAAUCUGAUCUUGUUUCCACGAGUUUCAGCUUCAGUUUAAUUAGUUUAAAUAUUUUCAGUUAAAAACACUGAACCAGAAACUUCUAGAGAACUUCAUGUUCUAUUUUAAUAAAGACAUUUAAAUUUAAUAUUUUCUAUUAUAAUUAUUUCAGACUUUACUUUUCUCACUAAGUUACAUGAAACAUGUUUUUCUUUCCUCUUUCUCUGUAAACAGAUUAAAGAACGAAGCUCUGGUCUGGAAAUAAAUCUCAGUGCAUAGAAGCAGAUUUUACUUAUUAAAUCAGUGUAUUUUACUGUAAUUCAUCAUCCUGGUUUUAUGAUUAAAGUUCUUCAGGAAACUGCA